CAGAAAAGGCAACAAAGAUAUGCCCAUAACGCACCACUGCGCAAAAUAGCAUCCCUUUACCAUUAAACACUAUUAACAUACCGUUUACUCUUCGCUGAAAAAACAAAAAAUUAUCCGGGAAAAAACAAAAAUACGAAAAAAAAAACCAAAAUUUUUAAUUUUUAUUACCAGUAAAUUCAGCUUCGCCAUUUCCGAUCGGCUUAAUCGACGGGAAUCUCCGAUUCUUCGUCGCCGCCGAGUAGCCGGAAUUAUUUUCCCCCAAUUCGAUUCUCUGAAUUCUUUGUUUGGCAAACCCUAGAAAACUCUCCCUACUUGGAACUCUCUCUCUCCACUUAACAACAUAACUUUAAAAAAAAAUUGCGUUUUUCUCUGUGUCUGUGCUUUUGGUACAGUGCGAUUCACGAUUUGCCGAGCUUGAUUUAGCUCGAGCUCCGAAGUACACGUGGCGAUCUGGGUCGUCUUCUUCGCCUCCACUACUUCUGCUCAACUUUCAAAAUGAAAAUGUGGGUACGCUUGAGAAUUGGGCGUCUUCCAUGGUUCAGCACGUUGGGUUGGUUAUAAGCUUUUCUCUCAAAAAUUCUUGUUUUGAUGUGAUUUGAGUUCGUUCCCACAUGGAAGCAAACAAAGAAGAGGCUCUGAAAGCGAAAGAGAUUGCCGAGAAGCGAUUUUUUGAGAAAAACUUUACUGACGCGAGAAAUUAUGCGCUAAAGGCCAAAAAACUGUUCCCAGGACUUGAGGGCAUAUCUCAAAUGGUGGCCACAUUCGAAGUCUACAUUGCAUCUGAGGAUAAAUUCAAUGGUGAAGUGGAUUACUAUUCAAUUCUCGGAUUAAAGCCGUUUGCGGAUAAAGAUGCAGUGAAGAAACAGUACAGGAAGAUGGCCGUUUUGCUUCAUCCUGAUAAGAACAAAUGUGUGGGAGCUGAUGGUGCUUUCAAACUUGUUUCGGAGGCGUGGACCUUGUUGUCGGAUAAUGCUAGAAAAAGGUCUUAUGAUCAUCAGAGAAACAAACAACAAUCCACCACUGUGGUUAACCAGACAAAUGUAUCCUCUGUUCAUGCUGGUGGUGUUACAGGUUUCAAUAAUUGUUCCAAUUCAGCUCCUCGUGCUAGGCUUGACACUUUCUGGACUGUUUGCACCUCCUGUAAAGUUCAGUACGAGUAUCUCCGAAAGUACGUGAACAAGAGGCUUUCUUGUAAGAACUGCCGUGGCGUUUUCAUUGCUGUGGAAACUGGGACAGCCCCGGCAACUGGGUCGUUUCCUUAUACUCCUUGGCCCUAUGUUCCCAGUAAUGGAUAUGCAAGCCAUGGAUAUGAUGGGGUUACAUAUGUUCCAUCUAGUGCUACUUUUUUCUCAGGAAAUGGGGUCUCGGGUCUUCAUUCUGGACAUGGAUAUGAAUACGUUUCAAAUGUGUCGUUUCAGUGGAGCUCAUUUUCUGGAACUUCUGUUGGAGUUGUGGGUCCUACUGGACCGUCUUCUAUGACCCCUGAUGCUAUUUAUAACGCUCACGGACAUGUCAACAUAGCUGGAGUGAAUGUAAAGUCAAGAGCCAAUGGAAAACGUUCCAUGAAAAAUGUUGUGGCUAAUGCAAAUUCAAAAUUUUCCGCUGGCUACAAUGAAUCGCCAGCAUCUAAGGUUGGUAAACCCGAUAAGAGAAGGAAAGUUGUGGUGGACACUAGUUUCCGUAAUGGGUCUCUAGAAAUCGAACCAAAAUCUGCUUUAGAGACGAAAGUGGAGAACGGAAAUGCCAGUAUUGGGCAGGAUCAUAAAUUGUCUUGUCCAGUUGAAGUUCCAAACAGACGUUGCUCCGCUGCUCCUGCAUUUGAUGCUAGGAAGUUGUUGAUUGAGAAGGCGAGGGCUGAAAUUCUGAAGAAGUUGGAAGAGAUCAAGUUGGCGUCAGCAGCAGAAGCUGCAGUUAAGAACGCGAAAGCAAAGAGUGAAAUUGGUUGUGCCAUGGUAGUUAAAGAAGCAAAGAGAGGACAAGACUCCGAUGGUUUUGGUCGCCAAUUACAUGGAAAUAAAGCUGCUCCACUUUCUAUUACUGUCCCUGACCCUGAUUUCCACGAUUUUGACAAGGAUAGAUCAGAGGAAUGCUUCAAGCCAAAACAAAUAUGGGCUCUGUACGACGAAGAAGACGGAAUGCCCCGUUUGUACUGCCUGAUACGUGAAGUGAUAUCAGUUAAACCGUUUAAGAUUCACAUCACUUACUUGAACUCGAAAACGGACACUGAAUUCGGGAUUGUAAACUGGCUGGAUUGUGGUUUUACUAAAUCUUGUGGAAACUUCAGGGCAUGGACCUCUGAUGUUGUCGAACAAGUUAACAUUUUUUCUCAUGUUUUGAGCCGGGAAAAAGCUGGUAGAGGAGGCUGUGUUCGGAUAUACCCUAGAAGUGGAGAUAUUUGGGCUGUUUAUCGGAAUUGGUCGCCGGAUUGGGACAGAUCAACUCCAGACGAAGUGAGGCACCAGUAUGAAAUGGUGGAGGUUCUUGAUGACUACUCUGAAGAGCUCGGUGUUUGUGUUUCUCCUCUUGUGAAAGUGACAGGAUUCAAGACAGUAUACGGCAGGAACUCUGACAAGGGUGCAAUACGGUGGAUUCCACGGAGGGAGAUGGUGCGCUUCUCGCACCAGGUGCCAUCCUGGUUGCUAAAGGAAGAAGAGAGUGAUUUCCCGGAGAAAUGUUGGGAUCUCGACCCCGCUGCGACCCCGGACGAACUGCUUCAUGCUGCUGGACAGGAGGGGACUUCAUAACAACAAACUAAAAAGCAAAGCAGGGAAGCAAAUUUACUUUGGGAAGUCUCAUUUUAGCAUUCUUUAAACAAAACUUAGGUUUUAACUGUACAAAUUUGUCAAACACUUUUGGUUAGAGACCAAUUGCAGCAACAUUUAACCCCCGGAGGUGGUUUUAGAGGGUGCCAUGUUUACUGAUUAAAAACUCAUCAUUAGAUUUUUAAAAUCUAUUGACUGCUGCUUCUUAAUUUCUUUCAA